UGGGCGGACGCGUGCAGGAGGAGCACUUCCGUCAGAGGCACGCACUUCCGGCCUCCUGGAGCCAAUGAGGGCGCGGCCUCGGGUGUUACCCUCAGUGGCGUCCGGGCUGCGGAGCGUCUCUCGGAGGUCUCGGGCCGCUCGGCCCUGAGGACGUGGUAAGUCCCCACCCGGGGCCUCUGAAAAAUCCGUCUCUAGUGGAGUCAGCUCAGGACGUCUUGGGGUCUUUGAGGGUCAAAUACAACUGUCCCUGAAGCUAGGUCACAUUCAAGUUUGGGACAAAGAGUCUUGCUCCUUCAUUCUUUCUAUUUUUCUGCGUGGAACCAAAAACCUCGGUAAAUUUGCCUUUGGAACAGAGUUACAAUGUGUACGUGAAGCCGCUGUUCGAAGUCCAACUUAGAGAAGACUAAGUUGACACAGUUGGAAUGGUUCCAAUAGCCUACCUUGCAGAACGCUUCAGAGUCACAGAAUUUCCUUUGUAAAAACAAUAAGAGAGGUGUCAGAGUUUUCCAUUUAGAUCAACAACUUCACAUUCUCAGUAUGGAAAACUCAGAGAAGACAGAAGUGGUUCUCCUUGCUUGCGGCUCCUUUAAUCCUAUCACCAAUAUGCACCUCAGGCUGUUUGAGCUGGCCAAGGACUACAUGAAUGGGACAGGAAAAUAUAAAGUCAUCAAAGGUAUAAUUUCUCCCGUUGGCGAUGCCUAUAAGAAGAAAGGACUCAUCUCUGCCCAUCACCGAGUUAUCAUGGCAGAACUCGCCACGAAGAACUCCAAAUGGGUGGAAGUGGAUACAUGGGAGAGUCUUCAGAAGGAGUGGGUGGAGACGGCCAAGGUGCUAAGACACCAUCAGGAGAAGCUGGAGGCUAGCAGCUGUGAACACCAGCAGGACUCACCUGUGCUGGAAAGGCCUGGACGGAAGAGGAAGUGGGCUGAACAGAGAGAAGAUUUUAGGCAAAAGAAAAACCUAGAGCAAACAAAAACAAAAGGAGGGCCAGAGGUGAAGUUGCUGUGUGGAGCAGAUUUCUUAGAGUCCUUUGGUGUGCCCAAUCUGUGGAAGGGUGAGGAUAUCGCCAAAAUCGUGGGAGACUAUGGGCUUAUAUGUAUUACUCGGGCUGGAAAUGAUGCUCAGAAAUUCAUUUAUGAGUCCGACGUGUUGUGGAAACACCAGAGCAACAUUCACCUGGUGAAGGAAUGGAUCACGAAUGACAUCUCUUCCACCAAGAUCCGGCGAGCUCUCAGAAGGGGCCAGAGCAUCCGCUACUUGGUACCAGAUCUUGUCCAAGAAUAUAUUGAGAAGCAUAAUUUGUAUAGCUCCGAGAGUGAAGAGAGGAAUGUUGGGGUAAUCCUGGCUCCUUUGCAGAGAAACACUGCAGAAGCAAACACAUAAGAAAUUCUCCAGCCUAGUAUUUUGGACUCCCCUUUUGGGAAUUUGACACUAUAUGGGUGUUAGUAACUGGGGGAAGGAAUUGUGAUCCGCUUUAAGAAAUUAAAGUUUAAGAGCUUGGUAAAAAUCAAUAGUAAAUUAAAAGCAGGUUUAUCUUUUUAUCAGAA